GUGGAAGUUAUUUAUUAGUCGUUCAUGUGAGAAAAAUCAGUCAGUGAAGACAGUAUCACAAAACUACAUAUGUAUAAAGCAUAUCCAUCAUGAAUAAAAUAAGAGUAGAAGUAACUGAAGGAAAAUUGGUCGGCGUAGUCGUAAAUGGCUAUAACGUUCGUUAUCUUGCUUUUCGCAGAAUACCAUAUGCCAAACCUCCGAUUGGAGAAUUGAGAUUUAAGGAUCCGGUACCAGCGGAACCAUGGUCCGGUGAAAGAGAUGCCUCGAGGUACGGAAAUGUGGCUCUUCAAGUAGAUGUUACCACACAGGAAGCUAUAGGCAAUGAAGAUUGCCUUUAUUUAAAUGUGUACACCACGAAAAUCGAACUCUUGGAAAAGCGUCCAGUAAUGGUAUGGAUACACGGCGGUGGCUUUCUUGUAGGUUCUGGUGAUUCAGGCUGGUAUGGUCCCGAUUAUAUUGUGCAAAAAGACGUAGUAUUGGUUACUUUGAAUUAUAGAUUAGGCGUUCUGGGUUUUUUAAAUCUCAACGAUGAAGUAGCAACAGGCAAUCAAGGUUUGAAAGAUGUGGUCUUAGCAUUAAAAUGGGUCCAAAAAAAUAUAUUAAAAUUUGGUGGAGAUCCAAGAAAUGUCACUAUCUUUGGCCAAAGUGCUGGUGGAGCCAUUACAAAUUGUCUAGCUCUGUCUCCAUUAGCUAAAGGUUUAUUCCACAAAGUGAUUUCACAAAGUGGCGUUGUCUUAAAUCCUUGGGCUUUCAAUGAAUGGACGGACCAUGGUUUUCGGCUUGCCAAAAAGCUCGGAAAGACGACGUCAGAUCCGAAAGUCGCAUACGAGUUUCUAAAAACAAUUGAUGCGAAAAUACUUGUGAAAAAUGAACAAUGGCCACUUCGCACAGAAGAAGAGAAAUUGAGUUUUAGCCUGUGCUUCACACCUAGUCUGGACAGCAAUUCAUCGAAUCCAUUUUUUCCUAAACAUCCAAAGGAAUAUAUAAACCGCGGGAUUCACGUGCCCUUCCUUUUAGGGUGUAAUCGUGACGAAGGAACAUUUUUGUUACGCAGCAACUUUUUUGGAGACAUAAGCAAGGAAGACCUGGAAAAAGUAAAUACUGAUUUUAAAAAAACAAUAUUAUCAAGUGUAUUAUCCAAGUUACCUGAAAUAGGAAUUACUGUUGAGGAAUUAAGAUCUUUAUAUUUCGGAAAAAGAGAAAUAUCAGAGGAAACUUUAAUAAAUUAUGCGUCGUUCUUAGGAGACGAAUUUUUGAUACGCGAAAUUAUAAAUGUAUGUGAAUUCCAAAAGUCUUCUGGUGGUUAUAAAUCCACGUAUCUAUAUCAUUUCGAUUAUGAGAGCGAAAAUUCUCUUUCCAAAAAGUUGCAACAAAUCAGAUUUCCAGGAGUGUGUCAUGGAGAGGAAUUAUUUUUUCUAUUUUGCCCACAAGUUGCAAAAGUAUUGAACUUAUCUUUACCCAAACAUGGUUCAAAAGAUUACAAAAUAGUAAAUUAUCUUACGCAAAUGUGGACGGAUUUUGCUAAAACAGGAAAUCCAACCCCUGCUACAAAUUUAUGGUUACCAUUAACUAGUCCACAAAACGAAGACUACAAUUAUCUAAAUAUUAAUUUAAAUCCAGAAAUGAAAAUUUUUCGUAAAGGAAAGGAACGCUGGAAUUGGGAUAGUCGUAAAGAAACGUUAUAACGAUCCAUUUGCUAAAAUCUUAUCAGUUAAAAUUUGAU